AUGUUAAAUCCCAUUAAGUUGGUUGUGUGGAAUAUUCGUGGGGCUUCACGUAAAGAUUCACUGCGAUAUUUAAAUAAGAUAUGCAAAACUAAUAAGAUACGGUUGCUGGUUCUCCUGGAACCAUUGUCGGAUUCCCCACAACUUGAGGUGGUACGUCGGUUUCUUGGGUUUGAUAGGGCUUUGGGAGCAUUGAAUAACAAGGUGUGGGUUUUGUGGUUUAAUGAGAUGUCAUUGAGCUUCAGGGAAAUGGCGGACCAACUGCUUCACAUGAACAUCGCUUUCUCUUCUGGAUGUUCGGUGCAGUUCUCGGCAGUCUAUGCUCGGUGUUCGAGGGUGGGGCGACGCGAGCUGUGGUCAGCAAUGGAAAGUUUAGCGGGCGAAGUGCAGGGGCCUUGGUUACUGGCAGGGGAUUUUAAUGUAAUCUCUUGUAGAGAGGAGCGUGUGGGAGGAGCCCCGGCUAAUGAAACAAAUAUGGUAGAAUUCAAUGAGUCAAUUGGUAAUUGUGGUUUGGCAGAGGUCCCUUUUGAUGGCGCUGAAUUUACAUGGACGAAUGGGAGGAUGUGGCAGCGUUUGGAUAGGGCCUUAAUGAACCGGGAGUGGGCGGAUGGGUAUGACCUCUCGCAUGUCUCACAUUUGGCCAGGGGACGUUCGGAUCAUGCUCCGCUGCUGAUUUGUUGUCAGAAUGGGAAUCCCAGCAAACGGUCAUUCAAAUUUCUAAACAUUUGGCGGCAUCACACAGGUUUCAGGGAUGUGGUGCAGAAGAGUUGGGAGAAGCCGGCGGAGGGUGAGGGUAUGACGAGGUUUUAUAAUAAAUUACGGGCGGUGAAGGGUGGGCUGCAAGUAUGGAACGUCCAGGUUUUCGGAAACAUUUUUAGCAAGGUGAAGGAGGCUGAGGCAAUUAUGAAACAACGUGAGGAGGAGUUUGACAAUGGGCGAGGUUCUGUUUCCAGGGCAGCGUUGGAGGAGGCAAAGGCGGUUUAUGCAAGGAGCUUGGCAGUGGAAUGUGAGUACUGGAGACAGAAGGCGGGCAUCAAAUGGUUACAGGUUGGGGAUGCUAAUUCGGCUUAUUUCCACUCUCGUUACCGUCAGCGCCGAAAUGUCAAUUUUGUGGCUCGCAUUAAGGAUCCGGCAGGCCCAUGGUUGGAGGAUAUUCAGGAUAUCAGGAGGUCUGCAGUGGAGUUCGUGUCCUCUUUGUUCACUUCGGAACAGCAUGGGUGGCAGUCGCCUGACAUUCCCUUUACGAUGCCUAAGCUGUCUGCUGCGGAUAAUGAUAUGCUAUCUGCUGUUCCAGGCAUGGCUGAGUUACAGGAGGUGGUGCAUGGGUUGGAUGCUGAUAGUGCUCCUGGACCAGAUGGGUUUGGGGCAGGUUUUUACCAAGCUUGCUGGGAUAUUAUCAAGGCGGAUCUACUGGAGGCGGUUCAGGCUUUUUUCCAGGGUAUGCGCUUGCCUAGGAGUUUUACUAGUACUUCUAUUCUUCUACUGCCUAAGCUUGCAGGUGCCAUGCGCUGGAAGGACUUUCGGCCUAUUAGUCUUUGCAACACUUGUUCAAAAAUUAUCUCUAAGAUGGUGGCUAAUCGGUUGGGGAGAGUCCUACCUGCCUUAGUUUCACCAUGGCAAACAGGUUUUGUACCUGGACGGGGAUAA